AUGUCAGCUUCGAUGGUUCUCUGUCGUUCACGUCUUUUCUUCGAUAUCGAAUCUGCUUCUUCCUCAGCCUUUGUUUGGAGCUCAGAAAGUAAGAUUGAGGAUGAUGCGAUUGGGUUUGAAGAGCUUGCUGAAUCAGGAAUCAAAGAUGUGAAUGUAGAUCAGGUUAGUAGAGAAGGAAAUGAAGGAGAAGACAAUUUUGGAUGGAAAGGAGGAUCUGAUGUUGAAAUUGAAGAAGAAGAUGACAUGGAUGAAGAUGAAGUUUACAAAUUUUUUAAUCAUUUGAAUGAAGAACACAUCAUGAUUGAAAGACCAGCCGAUCAACCACAAGGAGCACUAGAUCAAUCAUGA